AUGUCUCUUAGUAAAGACCUUAUAUUCUUGAUAUUGCAGUUUUGCAAUGAGGAGAACCUCACAAAAACUGCUCACAUGUUAGAGCAGGAGGCAGGGUUCUUUUUUGACAUGCAACGUUUUGAAGCUCUGGUGCUUAGUGGCAAUUGGGAUGAGACUGAAAAUUAUCUUUCAAGUUUCACUGGUGUCAGUGACAAUAAAUAUUCAUUAAAAAAGUAUUUUGAGAUAAGGAAACAAAAGUUCCAUGAGGCAUUCGACAGGCAAGAUCAUAUUACUGCUCUAGACAUCCUAUCGAAAGAUCUUAUAGUGUUUGCCGAGUCAAAUGAAGAGCUUCAUAGAGAGAUGGCUCAGCUUCUUACAUUGGAUGCCUUCAGAAAAUAUACUCCUCAUAUUAAUUGUGAGAAUCCUCAACCAGAACUAGAGAUCAAGGCACUCUUCACGGAUCAUAAGUGUCUCGAACCUGAAGAUCAAUCGGUUAAGAAAAGACCAAGGCCUAGCAAAACCAUACCGGUUGCAAAACCAGCUUUUCCACAAAUGUUCUUCAAUUCUUCCAUUGUAUUUGAUGACAUGGGUUCUGCUACAACUUUGAAAGCUGUUCAGGAUUCUGGUAAUUUAUAUGGUGUAAGCUUUACAGGGGGUAUGAAUGAGGAUGUGUCGUCUAACCUCUCUGACGACUUUCCUAAGGCCGUUGAACGUGUUUUAAAGGUCGGAUGUUCUCCAACCACAAUGGAUUUUCACCUUAUUCAACUGACUUUUCUGAUAGUUGGAGACAAUGUUGGAGGCGUAGAGCUGUGGGAUGUUAGUUCUGAAGAAAAGUUGUUUUCAAGGAUGAUCUGGGCAGGAAAAGCUGUUUCAUAUGCAUUUCUGCAAAGUAUAACUGAAGAUCCGUGUAUCUCAGUCAAUCAAAUCCUAUGGAGUUCCGAUGGAUCUCUCUUUGGUAUGUCUUCAUAUAUUUGGAUCUGGAGUGGAACUUAUUUUCUGAAUUUUGUGCUCUGUUCUUUUCAAAUAGCUAACAGUGGCAUCAGAGCCCUUCUUCUUGAGGGAUCUGUGAAGGAAAAAAGAAAAAAGUUUUUUUCUUCAGUUCUUCUAAGGUGA